CGUCCGCGCCACUCGAUCAGUUGGGAUCAGCUCCGAUAAGUUCAGUGAUUUAUAAUGCGAUCCUGGUCCUUGGCACUCAGUCUGCUGCUCCUCGCAGCCUCCGCAUUACACACCGCCGAGGCACGCGGCGGGAGGGGUCGCGGUGGCGGUUCCUUCGGCGGCCUAUUUGGUGGCUGGCGCAAGUACAAGAAGCCCUCGUCGUCGGGCGGCGGUCGACGCGUGGUCAGCGGAUCUCCGGUUCACACGGCCAUGACGGUACCGAAACCACCGCCUCCGCCUCCACAGCCACCCAAGCAGAUGAUGAUGCCCAAGCAGCAAGUGCCCAGCUAUCCGCGCCAGCAAAUGCCACCGGGCUACGGCUACGGAUCGUAUCCAAUGGGUCAGGCAAGCGGAACGGUCUAUGCAAGUCCGCAAGCCCUGCCCCCGGGAGCUGUGUUCCUCUCCCAGCCGCCGGUGGGAAUGAAUCGGGGAUUGGGAGGCUCUGGAGACUUCCUUACCGGAAUGCUAGCGGGUCACAUGAUGAACAACCUGCUCUUUGGCCACCGUCACCAUGGUUCCCAUAUUGUCAGAAAUCAUGGGGAGGAGGAACAGGUCGGUCAGGGAAACGGACGCCAGAUCAUCAUCGUCAACAAUGGGCAGCAGCCCAAGGGAGUGGCCCAAAAUGAAACUACAAUUUCAGGGGAAGCAUCCGCUGUAGUUCCUCCCGAAAAUCCUUUGACCAAUGAAGAGGCAGGGGAGGAGGAGGAGACUGUGGAGGGACACGGGGAUGGGGACGAGGAGAGUGCACCCGUGUCCAGCGAGGAAUCCCCAGACCCCGAGGCAACCCUACCACCCAUGCUCGAUGGCGGAAUCGUUUGCUUUCCCAUCAUGCUGAACGAAACAGAUCCCGAGAAUCCAGAGGUGACGCGACAAGUGGAGCGUGUGGCCUGUUUCCCAGUCCCACCUCACAAUUCGGUGAGCCCGUCACUCUGGAACCAUCCGACCACUGAACCCCCCAUUGUCGCCGGCGAUAUUGUGGGGGGUAUUGAGGCAGGUGGCUCGGUGGGUGGUUCGGAGGGACAACACGAUGAGGAAGGAGGUGACGCCGUCGAGAUGGCCAGCUUUGUGGCUGGCAGAGCGACCAAUGUCAAAACGGACUCCUCUUGAGUUAUGUUUCUGCUAGGAACUAAGUGUUAUGUAAACAAAAAUAAAUAAAAGCCAAUAAGUAAUAAGAAAA